AGGAACCCGGAGUCAGAUAUCCAUUAUGUCGACUACACCAUCUAGCAGCCAGCACAUUCGCUUUAUCAUCAAGCACACCCUUUCUCAAACCAGCUCGGUGUUUGUUCGGUGGACCUGUGGUUAUUUUCGCUUGGGCUCUUACCGAAGAUGCCAACUGGUGUUAGGCAUUACAACUUUGGUGUAGAGAUUGAGGCUGUUGCUAAGCCAUAUGGGAAUUGCGACAGCUUCACAAACGUGGACUGGUAUCGACAACUGGCACAGAAACUACGCAACCGGGGCAUUCAGGCGGUCCAUGAUGAUUGCUCAAAGUAUAGCAAGCACCCAGAAUACUAUGGAGGGAAGUGGUUCGUCACCCGUGACGGAUCGCUGAAGCGGCCACGGCCAUAUGUGUGCAUGGAGGUUGUAUCCCCAAAACUUGAUACAAUGCAUGGUGUGAGCCCUAUCUUCUCCGAUUUUUGGGAGGCCAUGCGUGUACAUUUUAAGCCUCAGGAGGACGAUUCAUGCGGUGGGCAUGUUCAUGUCACGCCAGUCAACCUUAAAAACAAAUUCUCCCUCAGAACUCUGAAGAAGAUUGCCUUUGCAAUAGUCGUAUAUGAGGAUUAUGUUGCAGAGAUCCUACCCGCGACUCGCCGCGAUAACCACUAUUGCCGGCUAAACAGUGAGAGCCUUGAAUGCGGACUGAACAAGACGCUGGGCUGGAAAAAGAGCCUGGGGGGACUUCGCAAAGUGGCUGCCGAGAUCAAAUCUACGACCACGAAGGCAGAUUUGUGCCACUACAUGCAGGGCAACCGCUACGUUCUAUGGAAUUUCCAGAAUAUCUAUCCACGUCGGAAGUCAAGACGAUGCACAGGGACCAUUGAGUUCCGAGGCGGGAACCAAUUUCUCAAUACUAAGGGGACGUUGGCCUGGGUGGCCUUUGUGCUGGGAUUCAUCACUCUGGCGAAGGAAGAGGACCUUCUCAACAGCUACUAUUCUUACGUACCGCCCACGGAUCCCAGCUGGCCCUUUCGCGCCAAGGAGUGGUGGAAGCGCAUCCGACAGGCAGCUAAGCAGUCCCGGAUGGGCAGGCAUCUGCCUGACACAUAUGCAGAAAUGCAAACGAAAUGACCAAAACAAAAAAAAAAAAAAAAAAAAAAAAAAAAAAAGAAAUACGCUGCGUACAUAAUUUGGACGAUUGGGUUGCUUCGGAAUUUCUUACUCUAUCUUUCCUUUGAUGACUGCCUUGGGAUUGUCCGUACUAUUUGGAUCUAGC